AACACACUUACAUAUAAUUUUUUUUUUUUUGUUCUAAUUAUUUAAAAAAUAUAUAUAUAUAUAUAAACAUAAAAUAUUAUGUCAUCUAUUGUAAAGCUUGAAUCCUCAGACGAAAAAGUCUUUGAAAUUGAAAAGGAUAUUGCCUGUAUGUCAGUCACCAUUAAAAAUAUGAUUGAAGAUAUUGGUGAAUCAGACACCCCAAUCCCAUUACCAAAUGUUACCUCAACCAUCUUAGAAAAAGUUCUUGACUAUUGCAAACAUCACCACCAACACCCAUCACCACAAGCUGAUGACAAGAAAGAUGAAAAAAGAUUAGAUGAUAUCCCACCAUAUGACAGAGAUUUUUGCAAAGUUGACCAACCAACCCUUUUUGAAUUAAUCUUAGCUGCUAACUAUUUAGAUAUCAAACCAUUAUUAGAUGUCACCUGUAAAACUGUUGCCAAUAUGAUCAGAGGUAAAACUCCAGAAGAAAUUAGAAAGAUCUUCAACAUUAAAAAUGACUUUACUCCAGAAGAAGAAGAACAAAUCAGAAAAGAAAAUGAAUGGUGUGAAGAUAAAGGUGGAAACUAAAUUAAUUGACCACUGUUUAAUUUCUUGUUAUAAUAUUUAAUAUAAAAAAAAAAAAAAAAAAAUAAAAAAAAUAUAAAAAAUGAAACCAAAC